AUGCAGCGACAUGUCGGCCCUGCGAUACAUGUUCCAAUCUGUGCAAACAGCAGCCGGCAUUUGACUUCCGCUACAGGAUGCUUCCUCAACCAUUUCUGCACCUCCAAAAACCCAUCAUACACCGAAACGAAUCCCGAAGAAAUCCCGUCGCUACCCCUUUCCGUACCAAUGGCUACCAUACCACGCCCUGAAUUCGUUAUCCAUCUCGUGCGUCACGCUGAGGCGGUGCACAAGCUCCUCAAUCAGGAUGCAGACUAUUCAAUUCGAAACCCCAAGCUCACCAGAAACGGUCAAAUCUACUGUAUCGAACAACGUAGCGAGAUGGAACCUAUCAUAAGGCGUGUCCAACACAUCCUGUGCUCUCCUCUCCGUCGUACAAUUGAGACAGCAUUGCUAUUGUUCGAGGCAUCAAUUGAAAAGGGGAUCAAAUUGGAGCUACGGGAGGAGCUUCAAAGUUUCGGACAACACCCUUCCAGCUUGGGUGACAGCAUAGCCAAACUCAAGGAAACGUUUGGCGAGAUCGCCAUCACGGAUGGACUGCUUGAGGAUUAUAACGAUGUAAGGAUCAAGGAGAGCGUCGAUAGCGAUUCAGAAGAUGGGCGGUGGGAUGAUCUGGUGGAGCGUGUUCAGGAAUUAUACGAACAAUACGAGGGCAAGCACGUUGAAAUCGCGAUAGUAACACAUUCCAGCGUGAUCCACUCUACGCUUGCACUAGAUUGCCCAAAGCUUCAUGGUGGGAUUCUGAGCUACUGCUGGGACGGACUCAAGCUUAUUAAGCGAGAACAGCUAGAGAGGCUUCGGGAGAUAUACGGCCAACCUGGAGAGCUACGGGGUAUCAAAGCCGUCAAUUUGAAGGACAACCAGUGGAGUAAGGAGAGAGAGGGGUGGUUAGGCAAGAAGUAG